GUUAACCCUUUGAUAAAUCUGAAGAAAAAAAUGAAUACUUUUAGGUCAAAUGUCACUAUAAUUUACAGGUCAUAUUGCACCAAAGCAGGAGUUCAUCCCCUUCAAACGGCUGUGAUAAUUUAUGGCAUUUUUUCAUUUAAAACCGCUGUUGUCAUACCAUUCGUGUUUGUAAGUUGGUAACUAUAAUCUGUGCGUGUGCAAGUUCUCUUCUGAUUUAUUAAUUAAAAAAGAUUUGAUAACAAUAUACCUGUCGUGAAGUAUACAUUUAUACCGAGCUCUUAAGUAUUUAUUCCAUAUAAGCUGGGGACCAGAUUUUUUGUACUGAUAAGAAUAUAAAUUCACAGCGGGGAUAAAAACUAAUAUUUUCAGCAAUAAAUUUCGAUCAGACGUAUUGAAAAAUAGUUCAAGUUUAUCUUAAACAUUUUUCUUAAGUGGUUUCAACUGCAAAAUACUGUCAAAUACUCACACAUAAUCGAUUUAUCCGUUUAACAAAUGAACAUUAUGGCACCGCAAAAACAAGAAUUAUUACCAUUUAAUGAGAUUGGAAUUAAUUUGAGUUCCAUUUUAUUGCGUAAUCAUCAAGUUCAAGUACCAAAAAAAUAAAUAGGGAACGGUGUGGCUGGAUUUAAAAGCAGGUGUUUGACUUGACUUGACUUGAAGUGUCAUUAAUUCGGGUCUGAGAUUUUGGUAAAUAACGUUUAUUUCUUAUCAAUUCGAUGCUUAUAUUUAACGUGCAGGUUGUGGCAGUUUGGAAAUUUAAUAACGAGGUUCUGGUUGAAGAGAAAAUACAAUAAAUUGUUUUCUUUGGACAUUAUUGUUUUAUAACCAAUAAUGAAAGGUUAUUUAAAUAAUAUAAAGUAUUUAAAAUUGAAGACUUACCACGAUGAGUGAAGAAAAGGGUAAAACAGCAUUAUGAAAAGACAAAAUUGGUGGUGACUGUUAGUAUAUUAAAUAAAAUGGAAAUUACCCAGCUUAAAGCACCUUUAAUUCGGUAUAACACGGAGCCAGUUCCAACUAUAGUACUUUCCGAUGUGAAUAAAGAACAAACUCCGUAUUCUGACGGUGAAAAUAGUGAUUUUGACGAUGGGGAAUCACUGACGUUAAGAAAAAAUGGGUCAUGUGACCGGAAAUUAUUAUUACCGGAAGAUGAAAAUACAUUACCGGAAGUGACGUACGGUUUAGCUCCACGUGAAGCAUGGAUGUUCAGGUUGAUGGAGCGCGCCGGAGUAGGCGCGAGGAGUGCGCGUUCAUUGCCUUGGGUGGAAAAUGAAAAGGAGGCUUUCCAGCACCACGCAGAGUACCUGAAACGCUUGUCCAAGCUUCGCGAGGAAUUGAUACAACAAGAGCAAAGCAACUUGGCCAACGCCCUCGACAGACUGAAAAUGAGAUCAUAUGGUCGCGAGUAUGUGUACAGUCAGCCACAGCGGGAAAAGAAAGCGAAGCUGCGAUUUUCCGCUCAACAAGAAAAUAACCCUGCAAAGCGCAAUACUCUUAUUACCACGUUUGAGAAAUUCCAAAGAAUGCGUCCGAAACGUGAGCCUCCGACAAUAAUGCCACUUGAGGGAAAGUCGCUGAUUGAUACUCCGCCAGUUACCGAUCGAAUCGAUCGCCACGAGAAGCGUGGUGGUGGCCUUUAUAAUGGCAAUGAUACUUCCUCUGAGCGAUCGGUAGAUGAAAAUGUUAGACUGAAUUUACAGCGUCUGACGUCACAUCCGAUACCCAGCAUUCCUCGUCAGCGAAGGAAUAUCAAUCGCGAUUUAGUUCUAGAAAGUAGCUCCAUUCGUCGCCAUAGUCACCCGACGCCGCAUGACGCGAAUAAUUCAAAUGUGGCGGAGGAACGGAUUGCCAUAAUGCAGAGACAAAAACAGAAACUCUUGAAACUAAGACACGAGGCAAGGGAAACAGAGAAGCUGAAACUCAUGCCUCAGAGUUUUAGGCUUGAUACACUAAGUGACGAUGAUAAAAUGAACCUGGAUAAACUGAAGGAUUAUUAUUGCAUAUAUUAUGUUCCUGGGCCCCCUGCGUCGCCGAGUGAUAGUGAAAAUGAGCUCCACGUCCAUUUGCCUAGAAUUGGAGUAAGUAGUCCGUGUAAUCAUUUUGAAAACGAGGCUGCAUUAACUGAGCGGAGUAAAAACGGUAAGACAGUCGGGUUUCGUAUUGCCACAGAUAACUUUGUUCCUCCAACGGCAUGUAACUGCAACUGCCGUAUGUACGUGGCAGGAAAUCGAGUCGAAUCUUCGUUUGACCAGACACUGAUUGAUGAGUCUAUCUUUAAGACGCAAGAAGCAAAUGCUGCCGAACCUGGUGGUCAAUAUGUAAACAUUGCGCGCAAGAGUACAAUGUCUACAAGUAGAACGAGUUCGCGCAAUACAGAAAAAAGCUGGAGCCAGAGAAAUAGUCCCGGAAAAAAGAAGUCCCCGACAGGCUCCAGUGAGAAAAUGAGAAUUCAUGUCGACAUGCCUGCAAUUGUGUAUAAUACCGUGCACAGUCCAGAGCCAACUGAAAACACCACUGGCCUUGUGAAGGCCUUUAAACAAAAAGAACUGAGGCAUCGUGAAUACUGCAAUUUGAUGGAAGAUGUCCGUGAACUUAAUAAAAUAUCUGAGACAUUGUCUGGAGGAGGCCCAGUUUGAUGCCAUUUCGUUAUAGCUUUAAGAUAGAACAGUAUUAUAUUAUUUAUCUAUUAUAAUUAUCCGUUUCUCCGCACACUUUUAUUUAUUUAUUUGUUACAAUAAAGAUUAUUUUAGA